UAUAAGGGCCACCACCACCCAGAAGAAUCCCAGGAGACCGUGCAGGAGAACAAGGAUUCGCGAUCAUCCUCCUCCAAACCCGUGUCAGCACAAGAUGUUUCAGCUUUGGAAACUUGUUCUCUUGUGUGGCCUGGUCUCUGGGACCUCAGCGGGCAUUAUUCACGCACUUGGCGAAGGCGUCGGUAACAUUGUAUACGGCCGGAAAACUGCUGUUGAUAAUGGACUUGGGGACAUUCCACUUCUUCAGAGCCUGAGGGUGGACGACAGCCUGCUUCAGUAUCACAAAGCUCGGGAAAAAACUAUAGAUUUAUUGGAUGACGCCCUUUCUGAAUUAUCUGCAAAGAGGCAGGAAUUGCAGCCUCUGGUUUGGAAUACAUUCCACCUGAAUGUUUCCUUGGACUUCGUGGGUACUGUCCAAAUUGAAACUGAUCCCACGACUGGUGACUCCAAAGUGGUCAUGACAGAAUGCCACCUCGACCCAGAGAGCCUCUCAUUCACCUUGUUGGGCGAACAACGCACACUGGUCAACAAGCUCUCAGGCACUGUGAGCAGCUUCCUGAGCGACACUGUGUCCUCCCUGGUGCAGAGACAGGUGAGUUCUCCACUCCUGGGGGCCCAGAGCCAGGCCUGGUGGGGGCAGUGCACAUUUACAGGCCUGGAUGUGCUCUCUGGGCCCCCCUCCUUCUGA